AUGAAGGAUUAUUUGACAAUUGAAAACACAAAAGAACGUGCCAUCAUGAGGAAACAUGCUUUUAUGGGAAGGACUCUGUGUUGUUUAAUUUUGGGCUUUGCUUAUUUUAGUUCUAUAAUGUAUGGACUAAUCGCUAUUCUGGAUGAAUAUAAGCAUGUCAAUAUAACGAACGAAGAUACUGUGCUAGAGUAUCCAGUACCAUCGAAAUGCUUUAUGAGUUUCUUAAAUGCUCCAGUAAGCAUGCAUAAAAUCUUCUGCCUCGUCGAUGUUGUUGCAUUAAUACUAGCGAGUACUACUAAUCAUGGUAACGACGCUUUGUUUCUGAACAUUACGUUGCACGUUUGUGGCCAAGUGAAAAUUCUGAGAGCUAAUUUUCUUAAUUUUGAUAUCAGAGGCCCGCAUAUCUAUAAUCGUUUUAACGUAUUGAUUGAAAGACACAAAUACUUAAUAAAACUAGCCAGAGAACUUGCCGAAAUGAUUAGUUUUGUUUUAUUGAUAGAAUUAUUUCUUAUCAGUAUUCUUUUAUGCAUAAUGGGAUUUCAACUUAUUUUACAACUAAGUGAAAACAACGUUGUUUUAAUUACGAAAAAUAUAAUGGUACAAAGUACCUUUCUAACACAAUUAACUUUAUACGGUGUUAUUGGGAAUUAUUUAAGAUCCGAAAUGGAAGAAAUAGGACUUUCUGUUUAUCGGAGCACUUGGUACAAUUUUCCUGCGAAGCUAACGAGACAUAUGAUAUUCAUUCUUAUGUGUGCAGAUUCCCCCGUCGCUUUGCAAGCUGGAAAUUUUAUCGUGGUAAAUUUGGCAACUUACGUAAGCAUCCUAAAAACAUCUCUUUCGUAUUUAUCUGUACUUCGUGUAAUGGUAAAGGUGUGA